AACCAAUCCCGUACAGCAACGUAGUGUUACUGCGGAGACGUUUCAAAAUGGUGGACGUAAUGCGGAAGCACGCGUCUUUUCUUGUGAUUUUACAGAUUUAUAUAAAACUGGCAAUCUCUCAGAGUCAAGGUGCAUUUCAGUUAAAUGCAGACCAUGUGUUAGAUGCGUUAGACGGAAUUCAGGACUUCCUCGAGGGAAAGGGAGAAAACUGUAAGUUCACUUGUCCAAGAGGACAAAAACAGAUUCCCAAUCCCCACCACAAAGUGUCAUUUGAUGGUUGUGGAUCUCUGGGAAUCAAGGUGGAUACAGAUCACCUACCAGGUGUAACCAGCUGUUGCAAUAACCAUGACAUGUGUUAUGAUACCUGUAAUAAAGACAGGGAGGGCUGUGAUAGAGCUUUUGAGUCGUGCUUGGCUGAUAUAUGCAAGCUUUUUAAAAGGGAAAAGAUGGCAUUUGAAGGUUGCAAGGUGACUACACAACUUUUAGCAGCUGGUGCAUCAUCCAUGGGAUGUCGUUCUUAUAGAAAUGCACAGGCCAAAGCCUGUCUCUGCGUGCCUCUAGAUUACCAUGAAGAAAAAAGGAAAGAAGAAUUAUGAUGAAAAACAUUGAUAUCUGUACAUGUAACAGAAUUUUGUGUGAGAUGUAUUAAAAGGAAAAGUGAUUUUUGUUGACUGAACAAAUGAUGUCUAUUUGUUAUAUUCAGUUACUGUAUUAUUGUUAAAACGGUCAAUGGAAAGUCCUGUUGAGAUGCUCGUUUUGUAUCAUUGUGAAAUCUUGUCUUAAGGUAAAGAAUCAAUGUCCAAACUUAACAACUAUUUAUAUUAAGAAGAAGACAUGCUCCCUUGCCAUUAUUGAUUGAUAGAUUAUUUAUUAUUUAACAAACACAAAGAAAAUAUUUAUAAACAAGUGGAGUAGAAAUAUUUUAUGGACUUAAAUAUAAAUUGCAUGUAUGUUUGUGUGACUUCUAAGUUACCAGUAGUCUGAAAUGACUUCCUGAUAAAUUAGCAGUAAGCCCAAAUGUUAAUUAUAAAUUGAGAACAAAUUUCAUACAAAGAUUUUUAUUAGUAUUAUCACACUGUUAAAGAUGAUAAAGCAUAGAAUACUUUAGCUUUACAGUAAUGACUCAAUCUUUUCAGUGGGAAAUGUUGUGAAUUUUACAGAAGCUGUAUUUUUUUGUCAUAAAAAUUUUAAAAAUAACAUUUGUAUUGGGUGGUUGUAACGAAACUGAAAAGCAGGCUACCCUUUAAUUCUAUUCUUAAUGGUAAAAGCACCACAAAUGCUAUAUAGAAAUAUAAUUAUAAUGAGUUAAUGAUCUAAAAGAUUGAUAAAUUUUGCCCAUGGAAAAGAUUGAGUCAUUACUGUAUUUAAUUUAUUGAUAAUUUAAUUUUGCUUCAACAUCCUGUGUUUGUCAUAUAAUAUAAUGUACUGCAGUGCCUAGUUCACCCCAACAUCAAAAGUCAAUGAAAUGCUGAAAUUCUGUACCCAAUCACCACUUAUGUUUAUACAGCUUGGUGUGUUAUAAGAAGCCUGUUCUUUGGAAAUGGUAACUUUAAAAGUUCAAAUAUUUCUAGUUGCCCCCUAUGUGAAGUUAUUUUUACAUGUAUUUAUUUAUUGCUGUAAACAGCUGUUUAUGUUUAUUCAUUGGUACAGAAUGCAAUAACAGAGAGAUUCUUUAGAUGCCAAUAUUCUGGUAGUACUCAAGAUAUUCUGUGCUGCCAGUCCUUUUUCAUAUUUAAAAUAUAAUUUUCCUAACUUUUUGUCCCUUGUCAGUGGGCUUUUUAAAUGUAUGGGUUUACAACUGAUCAAAUAAAAUGAUUAAGGUUUUUCUAGAUAGUGUUAUCACUUAUACCAGAUGAAAUUUAUCUUUUACCAGAUGCAUUCUUUUGUACAUAAAAAGUAUUUCUUUUAUGUGCUGUAUUCAUGAAGAAAUUCUCUCUCAAUAUACUUUUUUCAAACUCCCAGAUUAUUACUGUACAACUCACAGAAAAUGUAAGUUGUGCAUGCGCCUUUACUGAUUGCUUACAUAAGCCUUUACUGACUUUUAAAAAGUAUAAAUGAAACAUUAAUAUACUUAGAAAUAAAUUUUUUAAAAAUGUCAA